UAUAUAAUUCGCUAAUAAUAACACAAUUAUUUUUUAAUAUACAAAUGAUUAAUUAUUGCUUAUAUUUAGAUAUAUUAAACUUUUAAAGCAGUAUUACUUAUAAAAUUAAUAUUAUUUAAAAGACAUACAUCUUUACUAUAUCUUAACUAUUUAUUUUUUCGUAGAAAACGUCCGGUUUAUGGAGGUUCGUAUCUGGAUAAUCAAUACAAAUUAAGUAAAGAUCAAACAAAUGUAUUGACUAGUUCCAUAUACAUCAACUUUCCUAAGGCACACAUACUACUUCAAAUACCGAUACCGGGUCAAUAUCGAAAAUAAUAUCUUCCGGAAUUUCUGUAGAAGAAGGGACAAUCUCAGAAGCAUCUGCUAGUACGAAUGAAAUUUCGAAGCGUUCAGAACUUUCAAAAUUACAAGCGAUAAGUUUUAUAGAUAUUUCAACAGAUAAAAGUACUGCAAAAGAAGAUACUUCAGAAACUAGUGAGAUUGCUAAAGAAAUAAAAACAAUUCUCAAAACUCCAUUACAUCCAAGAAAAUCUCCAACAAUAGAUUCGACGUUAGAUAAAGACGUUUCUACAGAUAUAACUUAACCAAACUCAAAGGAUUCCAGACCAAGGAGGUUCAUAUCUGGACGAUGAAAAACAUAGAGAAAGACGUGACCCUCUUAAAGAUUCUACACAAAUAUCAGAAUCCCCUUAUACUCCAAUAACGAGAAGAUUGCAUUUCGACUCAUUUGCAUCUGACGAACCUGGAAAUAGAUCUCAACUUAAAACUCCUUUCUCUAAUUUAACGCAUUUUGAAAAUCAAUUCGUAAGAAUUAAAGAUCUGAUACAGACUCAAAGAAAAAAAAUGAAAGAAGAGAUUGACGAAAUCAGAAGUCUUAUAUCCAGUCAUUUUUCUAGCGUUGGAAGAGGGACAUCAAGAAAGGUUCAAUCGCUUUCUGAAGAAAGUCAGAAGAAAGUAACAUUUCCAUCUUCAACUCUUACAAGUUUUCAUUCUUCUUUUAAGGAUUCUUCAAAUAGAAAAGAUGCAGAGACUUAUAUUUCAUCAGAUACAGAGAGAACUGGACAAAUAAUCACUCCUAAACAAAUAACUAAAAGAAUGAAUUUGCCUUCUGGAGUUUCUGCGAGAAGUAGUUCAAUGAAAUACGAAAAAUUCACUCCACCAGCUAACACUUCUGUAGAUAAAACUAUAACAACAGGUUCUGUAUCUUCAGCAACAAUACGUACUGGAUCAACAAUUCCAGAUAGACUUCCAUCACUCGAAACAAACAAGAAAAACGAUUCUGUCGUAAAUUCAAUGGAAAUUCCUACGAGUCCUAAAAUUCAAUUACAUAAUACUUCAGGUGAAAAAUCUGCAAGAAUGGAUUCAAAACUAUCUUCAAUCUCUAUAAGGACAUCUCCAAAAUCACCAGUGAAACACGAAACGAAAAAUUCUGCUGAUAUUGAUUUCAAUGAUAAAGUAAAAAUGUCAUCCACACUUCAGUGGGACGAAGCAAUAGAUAAAUUAGUUACUAAUUAUUCCAGAGGAAAUUUACUUCAUAUUGAAAUCGACUUGAGUCAAUAUACCACUGAAGAAAUAACUGUGGACAUAGUAAACGAACAUUUAAUGGUAAAUGCAAAAGUAAGUAAAGAACUUGAUGAAAGAACUAUUAUAAAGCAAUUUCGGUAUAGUUUACGUCUUCCAAAAGGAACAGAAUCCAAACAUAUGUCACGUUAUGUAACCUUAGGAGGUAUUCUUAUUAUCAAAGGAGUUCUUCCAAAUGCUUACGAAAAUUAGAAUACAUUUUUAUAUUCAAUUUAAUAUAAUUAAUUGUUGUAACGUUUCAAUACCUUAAUAUUUUAUUAUUAUUAUUAUUUUCGCCAAAUCCUUAAGUUAUUAUACAGAUGUUUUAUAAAACAUUAAAUAAAAUCAUUUAUUUUUAUUGUAAAUUUACCAUAUUUGAAGAUGAGAUACCAAAAAUUAUUAUUUUAACAACUUCCUGUAUUUAUUUUAUGCAGUAAAAUUAUA